GAUGUAGCUCAUUAGCGGUUCUUUCUUUUCUUUUCUCGCGCUUGCUUGAUCUUGCUGUAAGCUGUGUGCUUAUGGAAUGCGGAAAAUUUUGUCUCACUGAAAGCAAAGGGAGUUUACCGGAAAAAGAUACUGAGUAAAGAAGGAUACAUUUGUUUCUGAAACCGGGAAAAACAGAACCUCGAUUACCCUGUACUCCUUCAAUUCUUAUCAAACUGCACAGUUUUCGCAUGAAUGCGCAACCAAUAUCGUUCCGUGAUUUUGGCUCAUUCUUUAAUACCUUGCAUACCUAUCUUGCUGUAAACAGUUCAUAUGUCUUAAAUGGAUUUUUCUUUCGAAGUCGGGUUCGUUGUUUUGGACGAUAGUGUAGAAACUCUGUACAAACUUGCCCGAUAUAGUAGUAAAUAUGCUUGUUCAUACUAACGUCACAUUUACGUCAUAAAAGCGGAAGAAAACCUAGCCAGGUGCCCUGUUUUUAAGUGGUAAAUGUCUUGAGGUUGUAUUCGAAAUAAUGCAAAAAGUCUUAUUUCACUUCACAUUUCUGCACGUUUACUGCACCAUAAAGUCAUAUGUUUUGCAUUACUCGUGUGCGAGUAAAAAUACUUUAAUGCCUUUAAACUAUGCUGGGUAGUUCCUAUUUUAAAAAUUAACGUGUAGAUCUAUCGUCUGGAGUUAAAUUGUGCUGUGACAAUGUAUCAGAUUACGAUGUUAUCUUUGCGGUCUAGUUUUCAUUCCCUCUGAGGCCAGAGAUCAUUUCAAAACCAUUCAGCGUUUUCCCCGCUCUCGUAUUACUUACCCACGCUAAAAAUACAAAGAUGACAAGCGGAGAUCAGAAUGAAUGACCCUAUAAAUACAGGUCGUGCAAAUUCAUCACAGAUAGUAUUGGACAUCGCUGAGUAAACACCAAAAACUUUAGGGUGGACAGAAGAGUGGCAAGAAUAAGGGAAUUUUGUUAUUAUCAAUCGUGGCCUCUCUGUUUGGAAUCAUUACGCCCACGAAGAUGAAGGCAAAAAUCAAGAAGCAAGGUGAAAAGUGGCGAAAUUCGGUUGACACGUUGCCGCUUCCACGAAACGUUUUCAAUGUGGUUGUUCUCGGCGCGGGAGGUGUAGGAAAAACGUCGCUUGUUACGCGCUUCGUCAAGAAUGAAUUUUCAGAUUGCUACAAUCCAACAGUGGAGGAUUUGUACGAGAAGCCCAUCGAGUUGAGAAGAGGUGUCAGCGCAGUGUUGCAAGUGUUAGACACGGCAGGUUCCUAUCAGUUUCCUGCCAUGAAAAGACUGACACUUCAGUACGGAGAAGCGUUCAUUAUUGUGUAUUCAGUGGUCGAUUCUGCUUCACUUGAAGAGGCAGUGAAACUGCAGCAAGAGAUCUACGAGGCUAAAGGCACAGAAGAUGUACCCAUGGUGUUUGUUGGUAACAAGUGCGAUCUGACCACAGGAACAGACAAGCGGUUAGUGAGUCGUGCCAUCGCGUCCACACUCACUCGCGGAAAACACUGUAUUUUGGCGGAAACUUCGGCCAAGUACAAUGUGAACGUUAGCGGUGUCUUCACUGCUUUAUUGGCGCAAGUUGCACUUGCCAAUAGUCAAAGUAUAUCGAAGGAGGGACAAAAGAAGAAACGAAGUGAACCUGAUUGUGCAGUUUCCUGAGUUAACUGUAUGCGAGGAAACGGAAUUUCAAUAAGGAACUUGCGGUUAAGAAUAUGGACUUAAGGUUUAAUAGACAACUAGUAGAGAUAUAUCUGUGCUCACGACGUCAAAAUUUCGUGUUGAACUUGAUAUAUUAUUGCGAAGAGUCGCUAGUGUUGCGCAACGCCUUUAGGGCAUAACAAAUGUCCACUUUUCCACGGUCAUGUGCGCCCAAUCCACGGUUAUGCGAGUUAAACAUCUCUCGUUUAGAAUUUAACUUAUUUAAAAUGAUAUGAACUUAUUUGUAAAUAGCCCUGAAGAAAUAGAUCAAGAAUGAGGAAAAAAGACAUUUUUUAAAUGACAUCCUUAAUGCAUUAUCCUAACAAAGAAAGAUGUAUUCCAUGAAAUUCUCAUCACGUGGCAGUUUCCGGUGUCGCGCUCUGCUGAGUAAGUAAGUUAUUCACGACUCGUGAUAUUAUUUGACUUAUCUGCAGUCAUGAAUUUUAUAGAUGUCCUAAUAAGUGAUGUAACUCCUCGAAAAUACUAGGAGCUGUGCUGCGUUAAAUGAAUGACUUUGUAAAUAGCUGUAAAUAGGAAAUUACUUGUACAGAUUAAUUUAAAUGAUGCAACAUUGUACUUGUAUCAAUCUUAAUAAAAAAUUAAAUUA